AUGAAUAUGGCAAGAAACUCUGCAAUGAAGGCACCAACACCACCAGAUAAAGGUAGCUUUCCAUUAGAUCACGAUAAAGAAUGUACAGAGGCAAUGAAUGCAUACAUUCAAUGUCUAGCAAGCAAUCAGAAUCAAUCAAGACAAUGCGCUGAAUUAUCUAAAUUUUAUUUACAAUGUAGAAUGGACAAGGGAUUAAUGGCAAAGGAUGAUAUAUCAACAUUUGGAUACGACGAAAUCAAACAAUCAAACAUUGUAGAACCACCACCUAAAACAAAGGAGCCAAUGAUUGCAGGCUUGCGUAGAAAGAAUUAA